UGUCCAGAAAGCAAUGCCUAUUGUCUAUCAAGAAAAGAAAAGGGGAGAAAAGCGACUAGUUUAAAGUCUCUUCAUUCUUGCAGCAUCUCUUUCUUACUAUUUUGCAUCUCUUCGUUGCUUUGUACCCAUGACAGGUACCAAAUUCUUGCUUGUACAUGUAACUAUGGUUUGCAAAAGCUGGUAAUGCAAGCUUUGAGUUAAAGGAGAUAUAUCCCAGAAUUCACUUCCAAAUAUUAAUUUGUAAUGCAUGCAUGCUGCAACAACAAUAUGCAGCAACUCCUAUUUUAUGAUACCUUACCCAAAAUCUACUGCAGAAUUCUUUUCUGAUAAGAGCCCUUUCGCUAUUCAUUUUAAGAGAUUUUUUCAAAGAUAUCCACAUUUACUUUUCCAUCUUACAAAAUAGUUUUUUCAAGGGUUCAUCGAGAGAAGUAGUUUCCACAGUUGAGGAAAAGAUGACAAUGCUUAAAAAAUUGCCUGAAGAAGUCUUAAAUUUAUGGAACAACUGGGAGAUUCGAGGAAUGGUUUUGCUUAGUCUCUUACUACAAACCAUCCUCAUCAUAUUUGGUCCUCGGCGAAAGACCAAUGCCAGAAGCUGGAUCAGGGUUCUCGUUUGGUCUGCAUAUCUAUCAGCAGACGUGGUGGCAACUGUUGCACUGGGUAAUCUAGCCAGGAGCCAAGGAGAUUCAUCAGGUGACAGUUCAGAGAAAGCAAACAAUUCCAUCCAGGCAUUUUGGGCACCUUUUCUACUCCUGCACCUUGGUGGCCCAGACACAAUCACUGCAUACUCGAUUGAAGAUAACGAGUUGUGGUUAAGGCAUUUACUUGGUCUUGUAGUCCAAGUCAUAGUGGCUUUUUAUGUCUUCUCAAGGUCCUGGGGUAGCGGUAUCCUCACAUUCAUAGCGAUCCCAAUGUUCGUUGUUGGCAUUGCAAAGUAUGCAGAAAGGACUUGGGUGCUCUGGUCUUCAUGCUCCAAGAGUUUGAAAAACUCUUCUCUCUCAGAUUUUGGGGGUUCUUAUUAUCUUGUGAGAACUCCUCCACAAGACCAACAACGAGAUUAUCUUCUUCAAGCUAAUGUUUUUUCUUAUAUAUCCAAGUUCAUGAUGCAGGAUCUUGUCCCUGGCAUUCCUGAACUAAUAAGAAGCCGGGAGCUGAUUUCCAAGAAUAAAGCAGACGGUGCCUUCAAGGUGGUAGAGGCUGAACUUGGAUUGGUAUAUGAUAUGCUUUAUACUAAAGCGCCUCUGAUUUACUCCCGUGGCGGAAUCAUUCUUCGCUUUAUCAGCUCUCUGCUCUCUGUUACUGCGUUUAUUACCUUCCAGGUCAAGAUUGACAAGCAUGACUACUUAACGACCGACAUUGCAAUUACGUAUUUAUUGUUUGCGGCCGCUGUUUUUCUCGAGUUUUAUGCUUUUUUAUGCCUUGUUUUGUCUGACUGGACAAUGAUUUGGUUGAUUUAUAAAGGAGGGAACGCCCUGACUAGUGCAAUUUAUUCUCAGCUAAGGAAGUUACCUAGAAGCGAGAGGUGGUCGAGAUCCAUAUCACAGUAUAACCUGAUAAGCUCUUCCUUUGAAAGCGAGCCACAUAGAUGUUUGGGAUUGCUGGGAAUCGAUGAAAUGAUGAGGCAGAUGCAUGUGACUCGGAAAGAUUUGAAUGGUGAACUACAAGAUCUUAUUUUCGGACAUCUUCGAAAGAAAGCUGAGAAGAUUAAGGAAGAUUUGAAUGUCUUUGAUAAGAAUCUCAGAAGUAAAGUAAUUCGUCAGAGGGGAGAUGGUGUGCUAGAAAGAGAGGGACUGUUACGGGAGUACAAGUGGUGCACGACUGAAGUAGAAUUCAGUCGGAGCAUUCUUGUCUGGCAUCUCGCAACAGAGGUUUGUUAUCGUGAUGAUAAUAAAGACGGAAGGAAUGUCUCCAAAGAAUAUGGAACAAGCAGAUGCCUAUCUGAAUACAUGAUGUAUCUUUUGGUGAUAAGACCAAAUAUGCUCUCUAAAGGAUUCGGUGAUGAUGAGGAAUAUCAAGAAACCUUGCGAGACUUGCUGCUUCUAAAAUAUUCGCGACAGGGAUAUCAAUGUACCUUGCGAGACUUGUGGGGUCUAAAAGAUGGUGGUCCUGAUGAUGAGGGAUAUCAACGUACCUUGCGAGAAUUGCGCAACAGUAAAUCACGUGGUUAUGAUGAUAGAUUGUUUCAAACUGAAUGGAAAACAGAAAAGUCAGUGUUACGUGGUGUGGCUGUGCUCGCCAAUCAAUUGCUUUCAUUGGAACCCGAGAAUCGAUGGUGGAUGAUAAGGGAAGUUUGGAUAGAAAUGGUAGCAUAUGCAGCAGCUCAUUGUCCAUGGAAAGAACAUACUCAUCAACUGAGAAGAGGUGGAGAGUUACUCACUCAUGUCUCCCUUCUCAUGCUACAUCUUGGCUUGACCGAACAGUACGAAUAUAAUGAAUCAGAUGACUAUUUUGAUGAAUUGACAGAGGAGGAGCGACAUGAAUAUGAACAGGCUAGAGAAAAAUAUUUGGAAGGUAUUAAAGACAAAAACAUGUCAGGGUCGAGUGCCGAUGAGGAGGAAGAGCAAGAAGAAUAUUUGGAAGAUACUACAAUCAUGUCAGGGUCGAGUCCCGAGGAGAGGUUGAAAGAACUUGAAAAGAUUGUGGCAGAUACAAAGCAAGAUCUUGAGCGUGUGGCAGAUACAGAGCGAGAUCUUGAGCAUAGAAAACAAGAGCUUAAGCGUGAAGAGCGAGUGCUUAAGCGUGAAGAGCGAGUGCUUAAGCGCGUGCUUGAGCAUAAAAAUCAAGAGCUUGAGCAUCUGAGAUCUUCUUUAACUGUAUCAGCUCCACAGCAAGGAAUUGAUUCACUUCCAAGAAGUUUGCCAGCACAAACAGAUGGUCAAGGGACUGGUCAACCACCAUCAAAUAAUGAGAUCAGUUUAAGCAUGGAACAAGAAUACUAGCUUUUGUUAUAUUGUAUCCAUAAUUAUUUAAGUGAAUUAACUUAAAUAAGUUCCUACUGACAACAUUACUAUUGGGCUUCAUUAAGCAUGCAUGUGUUGAAAAAAUUGCAUUGAUGGCUGUUAAUUAGUGAUUGUGUUUAAUUGUAUUUGUAAUUUACCUUUGCUUUAAAUUGUUCAAGCUGUUGGGUGGACUCUCAUCCCUUAGUAAGCCUUUGAAACGUAAUUACCGGGAGUUCAACUUACUAA